CACCGGCAAACAAGCGCGCGGCACAAUUGAGACGCUGCGCGAGCACGCUGCUACCCGCAUUUAUUAGAAUCCCGCCCUGCGCAACCCGCAGUUGCCUCAUAAUCAACCUCACGCGGCCUUGCGCCCCCCGCAAGCCCCGCGCCAGACCCACAGCCCCAGCGGUCACAGUCGCUGCGCGACCGCCAGACUGCCAUGGCCGCCCAGCUCUUCAGUGAACUAGAACAGACCUUCGCCCGCAAGGACGACGCCGCCGUCGAGGACGUCGUCACUCGGAUCAAAGUGGCUCUGCUCGACGUCGACCCCUCUCCGCAGUCCGCUUUACUAGGCCAAAGGUCUCUGGAGUACGCCGUGCUAGCGGCGGCGCGGCGGUCGGACAAAGCGGCCUUCCAGAGGCACGUCGCGCAAUUGAAAGCUUCUUACUCCGACCCGGCAUUGGCAUCGCAAUCCCAAAAACGCAGAACCAUUCUAGGCUUGCACUUAUUGUUCUUAGUGACGGAACAUAGACUAGCCGAGUUCCACUCGGAGCUCGAGUUGCUCAGCAAGGACGAUCUGGAGUGCGCGGAGGUUCAGUUUUCGGCUCAGCUCGAGCGAGCUUUAGUUGUCGGAACUUAUGAAAGAGUACUAGCAGCGAGAAACUCGACGCCGAACAACGAGGCCUACGGGCCCUUCAUGGAGCUCUUGGUGGACACCGUGAGACAAACUAUUGCUGAUUGCGCGAGUGCUGCUUAUGAAUCUCUAGACGUGGGCUCCUUCCGGCAGAUGCUCAUGCUGGCGUCUGAUAGCGAAUUGCAAGAGUUUGCUGCGUCGAGUCAUCCGGAGUGGGUCCUGGACAGCGGAAGAGUCGUCUUCGCCGCUCCAGUGACCGCGAAAAGUGAGCGCGUGCCGGCGACGCGGCUGAUCAAGGAGAACCUCGCCUACGCGACGGAGCUGGAGCGCAUCGUGUAGGAGCCUAACUUUACGUUAUUUCU